UGGGUAUUAAUAACUUAAGAGGGAUAUGUUCCAAGAGAAAUAUGCUGCCUCAAAAAAUUGACAUGGUUAGCACUGGGUCAAAACAAGUUGUCUGGUAUACUUCCUUCUUGUCUUUAUAAUAUGUCAUCUCUUGUUUUAAUCUCAGCUACAAAAAAUCAAUUUAAUGGCUCUCUUCCAUCCAACAUGUUCCUCACUCUUCCCAAUCUCCAAGCGAUUGCAAUUGGCAGGAAUCAAAUCUCAGGUACAAUCCCCAUUUCCAUUGCAAAUACUUCUGUCCUUCAAGCACUUGAUUUUGGUAAUAACAAUUUCGUGGGACAAGUUCCAAGUCUAGGCAAGCUACAAGAUCUUCUCAUACUAAGAUUUACCAAUAACAGUCUAGGUGACAAUUUAACCACGGAUUUGGAGUUUUUAAAAUCAUUAACAAAUUGUAGUAAGUUGCAAUGGUUAGAUCUGGCCGACAAUAACUUUGGAGGUCGUUUGCCAAAUUGCUUGGGAAAUUUAUCCUCCCAACUCAGUAAACUAUAUAUUGGGGGUAAUGAGAUAUCAGGACAAAUUCCAGCAGAAUUAGGAAAUCUAUAUAGCUUAAUUGUCUUGGGUAUAGAAAAUAACCAUCUUGAGGGGAUUAUUCCAUCUGCUUUUGGAAAGUUUCAGAAUAUGCAACUUCUAGCAUUGAGUGGAAACAAGCUGUCAGGAGUUAUACCAUUCAUCAUAGGAAACCUCAGUUUGUUGUAUCAUUUGGGUUUAGACCAAAAUUUGUUAGAAGGAAAUAUUCCUCUAAGUAUACGAAAUUGCCAAAAGUUACAAUAUUUGGACCUUUCCCAAAAUGAUCUUAGAGGAACCAUACCCUUAGAGGUUUUUAGUCUUUCCUCUUUGACAAAUUCACUAGACUUGUCCCACAACUCAUUAAGUGGUAGUCUACCAGCUGAAGUGGGCCAAUUGAAAAAUAUUGAUUACCUGGAUGUCUCUAAGAAUCAUCUAUCUGGUAAUAUUCCUGUAACCAUUGGAGAAUGCUCAAGCUUGGAGUACCUCUAUUUGCAGGAGAAUUCCUUCCAUGGAAUCAUUCCAUCCUCUUUGGCUUCACUAAAAGGUCUUCAAAAAUUAGACCUAUCCCGGAAUCACUUGUCUGGGUCGAUUCCUGAUGUUUUGCAGAAUAUUCAUUUCUUAGAAUACUUAAAUGUAUCAUUUAACAUGUUGGAUGGUGAGGUACCAACUGAAGGUGUCUUUCAAUAUGCAAGCAAGUUAGCAGUGAUUAGAAACAAUAAUCUUUGUGGAGGUGUUUUAGAGCUACAUCUAUCGCCAUGCCCUGUCAAAGGUGAUAAACAUGUAAAACACCAUAAUUUCAAGUUGAUAGCAGUGAUGAUUAGUGUGGUUGCUUUUCUUCUCAUAUUGUCAUCCAUGUCCACUUUCUACUGGAUGAGAAAAAAAAACAAGAAAUCAUCUUCUGAUUCACCAACAAUUGACCAGCUAGCCAAGGUUUCAUACCAAAACCUACACCGUGGAACCGAUGGGUUUUCAAUAAGAAACUUGAUAGGAUCUGGAAGUUUUGGCUCUGUAUACAAAGGAAUUAUUGAGCCAGAAGACACAGUUGUUGCGAUAAAGGUCCUAAAUCUUCAAAAGAAGGGAGCUCACAAGAGUUUCAUUGCAGAAUGCAAUGCACUCAAAAAUAUUAGGCAUCGAAAUCUGGUUAAGAUUUUAACAUGUUGUUUCAGCACAGAUUUCAAAGGUCAAGAAUUUCAAGCUCUAGUUUUUGAGUAUAUGACAAAUGGAAGCUUAGAAAGUUGGUUGCAUCCAGCAACAGAAAUUGUAGCUCAGCCUAGAUCAUUAAACCUUGAGGAAAGGUUUAAUAUUAUUAACGAUGUUGCUUAUGCAAUUCAUUAUCUUCACUACGAAUGUGAGCAAGCUAUCAUUCAUUGUGAUUUGAAGCCUGGCAAUGUUCUUCUUGAUGAUUGUUUGGUAGCUCAUGUCAGUGAUUUCGGUCUAGCAAGAUUGCUCUCAAGUGAUGGAGUCUCUUUCAUGCAAAGUAGCACAAUUGGAAUAAAGGGAACUAUUGGUUAUGCUCCUCCAGAGUAUGGAAUGGGUUCUGAGGUGUCAACUAAAGGCGACAUGUAUAGCUUCGGAAUUCUGAUUUUAGAAAUGUUAACCGGAAAGAGACCCACUGAUGAAAUGUUUAAAGAUGGUCAUACUCUCCACAAUUAUGUUAAAAUUUCACUUUUGAAUCACCUUUUGCAGAUUGUGGACCAGACUAUUCUCACUGUUGAAGAAAAUGCUACUAAGAAUAAAAACCUUGGCCUUAUGCAUCCUAAUGCAGAAAACUGUUUGCAUUCGCUUUUUAAGAUUGCACUUGCUUGUUCGGUGGAAUCACCAAAAGAAAGAAUGAGUAUGAUUGAUGUCAGCAAGGAGCUUAAUCUAAUCAAAAGUUUCUUCCCUUCCAAAAUUUAAUGGAGGCUAUCCAAGAAAAAACAUGAUGUAGAGCGCCAUCAUACUAUUGCUACUAAUUAAUGCCAGUAGAUGCUUGACAUAUUUCCCUAUUCAUGUUACCUCUUUUCUUAAAUGUUUUUCCUUGUAGUUGUCCAUUCACAUUUAAAAAAAUAUAAGAAUAAAAAUGCAGUAUGAGAUUU